AUGUAUGACCAAGCACUGGUAGAGUUUCGGAUGCUGCAAGCGAGACCUUGGGAUAUACGACCGAGGGUUGUGGAUGCAGGGGUAUCGAAUGAGUACACGCAAUACCUGGUGGCUUAUCCGAUUCUAUGGAUAUCUGAUCUAGCAGAGCCAGUGCCCAAUUUUGAGGAUGAGAGGGGAGGAAGACGGAGGAGAAGAGGAGGUCGAGGACGUAUGGUAGCUGGACGAGGGAGAGGAGAUGGUGGAGAUGGAGGAGGAGGGGGGGAUGGGGCAGGUGGUGGAGGAGUUGGUGGGGGUGGAGGUGUUGGGUUGGGCAGUCGAAGCCAGCAGAGAGGGAGAGGCAGAUUGCCACUGCGGAUAUUAUAG